AUGUCGCACGAAUCUCUCUUCCUCCCUUUUUUCAUCAUUUUCGUGGUAGUAAUCGCUUUGGCCCUCCCUAGCACGGCCAAUCGAGAUUUCCUUCGGCUACCAUCCGAUGACGUAUCAGCCUCUCUCUGCGCCGACCCAAUUACUCCCGGGUCAUGCCCAGUGAAGUGCUUCAGAACGGCUCCCGUGUGUGGCGUAAAUAAUGUCACCUAUUGGUGCGGAUGUGCUGAGGCGGUCUGUGCCGGUACACGGGUGGCCAAGUUAGGGUUUUGUGAGUUUGAAAAUGGAGGCAGCGGGCCGGUAUCAGGUCAGGCACUUCUGUUGGUUCACAUUCUUUGGCUUAUUCUCCUUGGAUUCUUCGUCUUAUUAGGCCUCUUCUAA